GAUUCAGGUUGGAGCUUCCCUGAGCAGCACGCAGGGGCGUUAGAGACGUUAGACCGGGUGUAGACGCGCUUAGCCUUGGGGAGUAGACGUUAACGUUUGCUGCUGUUGAUAUUAAACUGAACAAGGGCCAAAAAUAUUCCAUGCUGAGGCAAGAGUACUUAACGUGUAACAUGUAAUAUGCAACUACGGAUUACUGCAGUGCUCAGCGAGUGCAUUUGUUAAAGUUACCUGUCGUUCAGAGACCGGCUCACGCCAAACUCCAUUGGAAGAAAGGUGCAUUUCAGUGCUGCCUUGCGUACCGGCGAAGGUGAAGGAAUGGACACCCACAGCCAGGUUAUCAACAGGUUACGGACAACAUUUCGUUCAGGCAAAACGUUACCUGAAGAGUUUCGGCGAGAGCAGCUCUCCAACCUUCUCUCAUUGGUCAAGGAUAAUGAGCAGCUGAUUAUAGAUGCAGUCUACAAGGACCUCAGAAAGCCAAAAUUCGAGGCAGUCCUGUCAGAGAUCGAAAUGUGCCGUAAUGAGCUGUACUGCGCCAUUGAUAACUUCAGUAGCUGGAUGAAGCCAGAAUAUGUGAGCAAACACCUGGCCGUCAAGCUGGAUGACUGCUUUGUACGGAGGGAACCAUUAGGAGUUGUUUUAAUCAUUGGGGCAUGGAACUACCCGUUCCAACUUAUUCUCAUACCGCUGAUUGGAGCCAUCGCUGCAGGAAACUGUGUGAUUGUCAAGCCAUCAGAAGUCAGUGCGGCUACUGAGAGUUUGAUCGCAGAGCUCAUCCCCAAAUACCUGUCUCAGGACUGCUACACAGUCGUUUGUGGAGGAGCAGAGGAGACAAAGGCGCUUCUGGAGAAUCGAUUUGACCACAUCUUCUACACGGGUUCCCAGGCUGUAGCACGCAGCAUCCUGCAGGCAGCCUCCAUCCACUUGACCCCAGUCACUUUGGAAUUGGGUGGCAAGUGUCCAUGCCUCAUCUACGGCCGGGUGAACAUCGCUGCUGCUGCCCGCCGCUUGGUAUGGUCCAAGUUUUUCAACACCGGCCAGAGCUGUGUUGCACCAGACUAUGUUCUGUGCACACGGGACGUCCGUGAUGCCCUGCUGCCUUUUCUGCGUGAGACCCUGGAGGAGUUUUACAGCAAGGAGCCUCAGACGAAUCUAGACCUGGGCCGCAUUGUGACCGAUCGUCACUGGACCCGUUUGAUGGAUCUGCUACACAAGUCCCGGGGCAAGGUGGUUCUGGGAGGGGAGAGCCAUCAGGAGGAGAAGUAUAUAGCUCCCACAGUGUUGGUGGAUGUGGAGGAAGAUGAUGUUCUGAUGGAGGAGGAGAUUUUUGGCCCUAUCCUGCCCAUCCUCACUGUUGAGUCUCUGGAAGAAGGCAUCGACUUCAUCAACCGCAAAGAGAAACCGUUGGCCCUCUACGUUUUCUCUGAAGAAUCCUCUGUAGUGAACACGGUGAUGGAGAAGACCAGUAGUGGAGGCUUCUGCUCUAAUGAUGGGAUGGUCCACAUGACUCUUCCAACCCUGCCCUUUGGAGGCGUAGGGGCCAGUGGUUGGGGCAGCUACCACGGCCGCUGGACCUUCGAGACCUUCAGCCACCGGCGGGCCUGCAUGCUGCGAGGCUGGGCGCUGGAGAGGCUCAACGUCCUGCGCUACCCACCUUAUACAGACAACAACCUGAGCUUGCUGUGCUGGACCGCCUCCGCCAAGAAAUCCUGGCCCAGCUGCUCCGUCAUGUGAUGCAGGCAAGGUGUGGAGAAGUGGAGCCUAAACGCUCCAUGUGUGUUUGUAAGAAUGAAUCACUUUGAGAUGAUGUCCACAUGUUGUUUUUGCAUUUAGUGUCUCUGUAUGUGCCCGUGUGUCUCAGUUUUUUAGCCACUGUCAGUGCUAUUGCUUCAGUCUUCACACUAUUCAUCUUAGAGGCUGAUCUCUGUGAUUAUAGCUCUUUUAAAUGUUAUUUUAUAUAUAUAUAUCACUAUAUAUCACUAUUACUGAUACUUAUUUUGUAUCUCCAGGUUUGUUUCAACUGGGCCAAAUUUCUCACUUUCUCACUUUUUCUUGAGUUGGUCUUUUAUUCAGGGUGAAAGCAGGUUUUGUUUGCACAUAUUUUAUAUCUGCAUCUGGAGCAAAAUAUUUUAACAAAUUUGACCUAUUAAAUCAUUGUAAUUCUUUUUAUACAACAGAUGUACUUUUUUUUUUCCUAUUAAUGCUUUUCAUAAAAUACUGAAAUUAAAAUUAGAAAUCUUAAAUAUGUUUUUGGUUGUCACAGUGGCUUGUGUAACCAUCUACAUUGUGUUGUGCUGUGAAGAAGAGACUCCUUUGAUGCUGAUACUGAGAAAUAAAAUUGAAUUGUACAUUGAA